UCCCCGCCCUCCACCGGGGAGUGCAGUCACGUGAGCCUCGCUGCGGCGUCCGGCUCCGUGCUGUGAUGGUGGCCCCGGUGUGCCGCUCCCCCGGUGGCCGCCUGGCCCGGGCGCUCACGCGAGCGCUGGCGCUGGCCCUGGUGCUGGCCCCGCUGGUCGGGCUGUUCCUGAGCCCCCUGACCGGCGCAAGUCCGACCCCGGGGGGCCCCCAGGGACCAGACGGGCCAGUCCCACCCGCCUCCCGCAGCCGCUCGGUGCUACUGGACGCCGAGACGGGCCAGCUGCGUUUGGUAGAUGGCCGCCACCCUGACGCUGUGGCCUGGGCCAAUCUCACCAACGCCAUUCACGAGACCGGGUGGGCCUUUCUGGAGCUGCACACGAAUGGCCACUACAAUGACAGCCUGCAGGCCUACGCAGCAGGCGUGGUGGAGGCCGCCGUGUCUGAGGGGCUCAUCUACAUGCACUGGAUGAACACCGUGGUGAAUUACUGCGGCCCCUUCGAGUAUGAAGUCGGUUACUGCGAGAAGCUCAAGAGCUUCCUGGAGGCCAACCUGGAGUGGAUGCAGGAGGAGAUGGACUUGAACAGGGACUCUGCUUACUGGCACCAGGUGCGGCUGACCCUCCUGCAGCUGAAAGGCCUAGAGGACAGCUAUGAAGGCAGUGUGACCUUUCCAACUGGGAAGUUCACCAUCAAACCCUUGGGGUUCCUCCUGUUGCAGAUCUCUGGGGACCUGGAAGACUUAGAGCUAGCCCUGAAUAAGACCAAGACCAAGCACACUGUGGGCUCUGGCUCCUGCUCUGCCCUCAUCAAACUGCUGCCCGGCCGAAGUGAUCUCCUGGUCGCUCACAACACCUGGAACUCAUACCAGAACAUGCUGCGUGUCAUCAAGAAGUACUGGUUCCAGUUCCGGGAAGGCCCUCAAGAGGACUCGCCGCUGGCUUCCGGCAACAAGUUGGUCUUCUCAUCCUAUCCCGGCACCAUCUUCUCCUGUGACGACUUCUACGUCCUGGGCAGUGGGCUGGUGACACUGGAGACCACCAUCGGCAACAGGAACCCAGCCCUGUGGAAGUACGUGCAGCCCAAGGGCUGUGUGAUGGAGUGGGUACGCAAUAUUGUGGCCAACCGCUUAGCUGUGGACGGGGCCUCCUGGGCAGAUGUCUUCAAAAGGUUCAACAGCGGCACGUACAACAACCAGUGGAUGAUUGUGAACUACAAGGCAUUCGUCCCCGGUGGGUCCAGCCCUGGGAGCAGGGUGCUCACCAUCCUGGAGCAGAUCCCGGGCAUGGUGGUAGUGGCAGACAAGACCUCGGAGCUCUACCAGAAGACCUACUGGGCCAGCUACAACAUACCGUCCUUUGAGACUGUGUUCAAUGCCAGUGGGCUGCAGGACCUGGUGGCCCAGUAUGGGGACUGGUUCUCCUACGACGGGAACCCUCGGGCCCAGAUCUUCCGGCGGAACCAGUCGCUGGUGCACGGCAUGGAUUCCAUGAUCCAGCUCAUGAGGUACAAUGACUUCCUGCACGACCCCCUGUCACUGUGCAAAGCCUGCAACCCCCAGCCCAACGCAGAGAACGCCAUCUCGGCCCGCUCUGACCUCAACCCGGCCAACGGCUCCUACCCCUUCCAGGCCCUGCACCAGCGCUCCCACGGGGCCAUCGACGUGAAGGUGACUAGCAUGGCGCUGGCCAAGGCUCUGCGCCUCGUGGCAGCCAGUGGCCCCACGUGGGACCAGCUGCCCCCUUUCCAGUGGAGUACCUCACCCUUCAGUAGCCUGCUGCACAUGGGCCAGCCUGACCUCUGGAAGUUCUCACCCAUCGAGGUCUGGUGGGACUGAGACGCCACCUGUGCCCUGCUGCCUUCUGCCCCUGCUGACCCAGCAGGACCAUCCUCCAGCUGCCGCCAUGACCUCCUGCCCACCCCCUCUGUGGCCUUUGCCCCCUGCUGUCCCCAAAGCUGGGACCUGGGUCUGCCAGGUUCACUCGUAUCUGGGCGGCUCCUCCUGGUGGGGCCACGGAACCCAAUGGGGCCCAGAACUGACUCUCUCUCCCCGAAGUGGGUGAGUGCCAUCCCCGUCUCCCUCUGCCUCUCUGCGUCUCAAUCUCUUCUCUCUGUUCUCCUUGCUUCUCUCUCUUGCCCACCUUGGGGCCCCGUCCUCAUGCUGCCCCUCCUGAGGGAUCAGAUUCUGGGGCCUCCAGUGGGACAGGAGGGGCCUGUCCCUCUCCCUACCUCCCAGCGUCAUUCCUGCCCGUGGCUCUGGAGCUUGUGGGGUUUCAGCCCCCGAGACCUGGGUGUUACGUGCGGUUGGCGUCUGCAGUUGGCAUUGCUCCUCCUAGCCGCCAGCCCCAGCCUCUCUGCUCCCUUGGGAAGCAGCCCCAUUUUCCCUUCUGGGCAGCUUCCUCAAGGACAGACACGUGAAAACAAACAAAAACCAAAGUUUCUGGGGUCUUGUGGUUGAAGGGGCCUGAGUGUCCUCUCUGCAGGGACAGGCAGGAGUGUGAGGUCCCAUGCUCCAGCCUCAUGCCCCCCAUCCUGGGCCUGCCCCUGGCCUCGGGGCAGUGCCCACAGCUCUCCUGCAGCGGGAACCAAAUCGCAGGCUGUGUCGCCAUUAAACGAGGAGGCCGUG